GCGUGAGAGAGAGGGUCGAGCUGUCACGUGACGGCGCCGCGAGCUCAGGCACGGCAGCGACAACCAGUCGAGGCGAGAGCGAGACGGCGGCUUCACUGAAACGCUCAGAGUUUACACUGCGAGAGCUAGCGACAGGAGUGGAGCGCGGGGCUGCCGGCUACAAGAGUGCUCCACACACAGGGACCUGACGGACGACACAUAGCACCCUCGAAAAAGGGAAUCUCAAGCCGCCUUACUUGCACUUAGAGACGUCUCUGUGCACGCGCGCACAUACAGACAACCUGACAGUUACGGAAAGAGAAAAGGAUAAAGGUGCGCAUUGUUGAGAGAGUAACUAGUGGAUACAACAGUUCACUCCAAGAAGAAACUACCUCCCUCCUUUUCUUACUCAGUGGGUUUAUUUAAUUUUGUAUCCAACUUACAUCAAGUUGAACGUAGAAGGAAGGAAUUCGAUCAUACUGGGACUUGGGCGGCGAGGAGCCUGAAAAGGACUGGAUCGCUGGGGAGGCAGCGGCGGUGCACUGGAGGAGACGGGAGAGGAAGAGACGCAGAGAGAGAAAGGGGGGAGUGUGAAAUCACGUCGCUUGCUUUCUGUCCCUGGCCUUCUCUUCAAACUUUUAAAAAAAACAUUCAGUAUUUAUUAUUUUGUGCAUUUUAUAUACAGCGAUUUGUUUUUCCUAUCUUCGGGGCUGUGUGUGUUUUUUCUCCUUUUGGAAUAUGGUUGGGGAAAUGGAAACGAAGGAAAAACCGAAGCCAACCCCUGACUACCUUAUGCAGCUUAUGAACGAUAAGAAAUUGAUGAGCAGCCUGCCUAACUUCUGUGGGAUUUUCAACCACCUGGAAAGACUGUUGGAUGAAGAAAUCAGCAGAGUACGGAAAGAUAUGUAUAAUGACACAUUAAAUGGCAGCACAGACAAGAAAAGUUCAGAAUUACCAGAUGCUGUGGGACCCAUUGUACAGUUACAAGAAAAACUUUAUGUGCCUGUAAAAGAAUAUCCAGAUUUUAAUUUUGUCGGAAGAAUUCUUGGACCUAGAGGACUAACGGCGAAGCAGUUGGAAGCAGAGACAGGAUGUAAAAUUAUGGUCAGAGGCAAGGGUUCAAUGAGGGACAAAAAAAAGGAAGAACAAAACAGAGGCAAGCCUAAUUGGGAACAUCUGAAUGAAGACUUGCAUGUGUUGAUCACUGUGGAAGAUGCUCAAAAUCGAGCAGAAAUCAAACUCAAAAGGGCUGUAGAAGAAGUCAAAAAGCUAUUGGUACCAGCAGCAGAAGGUGAAGAUAGCCUUAAAAAAAUGCAACUGAUGGAACUAGCAAUUCUUAAUGGCACAUAUAGAGAUGCAAACAUCAAAUCACCUGCCCUUGCCUUUUCUCUUGCAGCAACGGCUCAGGCUCCCCGGAUUAUUACAGGGCCAACACCAGUUCUCCCGCCUGCUGCCCUGCGGACCCCCACACCAGCUGGCCCUACCAUAAUGCCUUUGAUUAGACAAAUUCAGACAGCUGCUGUCAUGCCAAAUGGAACCCCUCACCCUACUGCCACAAUUGUGCCUCCUGCACCGGAGGCAGGUUUAAUCUACACACCCUAUGAAUACCCGUAUACACUGGCACCAGCUACAUCCAUCCUGGAGUACCCAAUUGAACCUAGUGGAGUGUUAGCUUCCUCAAAGGCUGAAGAGCUGCCACUGUACUUUGGGUUCCAUACCUGUCACAUUCCUGUCACACUCCACCGAGGAGAAUCCUCCUCCUCCAGAGUUUCCUUUUAAAGAAUGGGGCUGUUCACCACACUUAAACAAUCCAAACUUUGCACUGUAGGGUAACUGUGAGGAGCUGCCAGCUUCAGUCUAACACCAUGAUGCAUCUGCAUCAUUGAAGUUGUUCAAUGAAUGUUUACAAAAAUGGCCACUUUAAGAUCGCCCAAAGCCUUAAAAGCAUUCUUUUUGAAAGGUUUUCUGCAUGUAAUUGUAAAAGCAUCACAAGGCUCUGAGCUAAAUGACAGCACAAUCUCCUGGAUGAUAGACACUACAGUGGAUGAGGUUUUAAUUCACUCGGGGAUCUUUUUUUGCUUUGGGUUAAACAUGUGGACAAGUUGCAUGUUGCUUCAAAGAGGAUGGACCACUCCAGAGACUAAUUUACAUUCCCUUCCUUUAUUCUUUAGGUAUGGCUUUCCCAACGAAAGGCUAAGCAUUCAAGAAUGGUCUUACUGAAUCCUCAUCAGAUCUGAGUUAACAAAUGUUUAGUUUCACAGCUGCCUUGAAAUUUUCAAGCUAUGGCCUAGCAGUCAGUCAAACACUUGCACUUAAUUCUUUUGUCAUAGGAUUACUACUGAAUCUUACACUGGCAAUAUAUUUUGCAAGAGAAAAAAAAAAUAUAUAUAUAUGCAAUAAAAUGCAGUGCCUAGUAUUUCACUGAUUGCUAAGUAUGUUAUAAGUAAAUAAAUACAGUGUUGCUUUACUAAUCACCUAAUACACAGCACAUUAUCCUUAUUGGCUUAUAACAUCAGUUUCAUGUUGUGGUCUAAGGAAACUUAUACAAAAAAAAAAAACGAGAGAGAUGGAGAAUUUCAGGUCCCAGACCUAUUUUGGACAGUAAUCAGUGUUAUAUUUGUAUUUAAUUUUAAACAUAACUGGAAUUCUGCAUCUUGUCCAGAUGCUUAUCAUUGAUUAUGUGAGUAGUAAAGCUUAUAUACUGUAUGCUUUGGUCUAAUCAGCAUCUUUCAUAUUGUACCUCUGAAUAGAUCUGACAGGUUAAGGCAAUGCUUUUUCUCUAAAGUGGAUGCUACUGUUCUGUUAUAAACCACAUAGAUUUAAUCAUAUAAACUAUUGUGCCUUAACUUGUUUCACCUUUAAACUGCUUACUUUUGUAGUUAUUGUUAAUUGUAAAAGUAAUUUUGAUAAACCUACUGUAUUUAAUGAACUGUUAAUGGACCAUUUCUAAGUUGAAAUAUCUAACCUUGUUUUGGUAAUGUUGCAAUCUAACCAGGUGCGGUGGCUACUAAAGUACGAAGGCACGAUAUGCGGGUCCAUCCUUACCAUAGGAUUGUGACCGCAGACCGAGGUUAGUUUAGUUAUGGUGUUCCUGUUUUUGAAAAUAAAAAUGAUGUCAUUCAUUGAUACACUUUGCAACACUAUAUCUAGCCCAUUCCUUUAAUUUUGUAUUCAUUUAAGUUAUCUUGUUAAUGAGUCUGUGGCCAUGUUUUUAUUUUUGUCCAUUAUUUUGAUGACUUUGUGAUCUGCGUGCUGUUAAUGAAAAAUAAUGGAUACCUGAUUCAGUUUCCCCACUGCAUUAUAAACAGACACAUUUCGACAAUGGUCAAUUGCCUCUGUUAUUACUCAAUUUCAUUUAAGACAAAUCUUUAUUAUAAAGUCCCCUGUUGUAAAGACAUGAUUUUUUUUUUUACAUUGUUUUCUGUAACAUUAUGUAUAGGAUAGCUUAUUGUAUGGAAAAGGUUGAACAAUUUAAAUAUAACCUCAGAAAUGAAAAAGUACUUUUCUACUUUUUGUGUAGCAUUCAUUACAAGCUUUCCGGUAUUUUUAUAUACAUGCAUAUUUGUGAUUACAUUUAAAAUUAUAGUUUUACUGAAAAUGUAUGACAUGUAUGGAAUUGUGAAAAACAGACUUUCUGCUAGUGCCUUAGUAACAUCUAUUGGAAUAUCUACAUCGACUUUAAAGACCACAAACUGUUCUCUUUUGAUGUACGUAGGGUUUUAUUAUAUCAUAGUAUAAGUAAAGGGAAUAACUCUGCAGAAGAUUUACCGAUACCUUUUUCAGUUGGGGAACUGAAACAAUACAGACAAUUUAGCAACCACAGGAAAAAUGCUUAUGUCUUAUCAGAUUGGUGUUGCAAACAGUUUUAAGGGCUUUUUUAUUGGAACUGUUUGUGUAAAACAAAAAUGAUAAAUGUCGUCAAUACUAGACAGGUGGAAAAAUGUGAAGAUUUAGUUUCCUGGUAAUGUUAACACAAGAUUGGCUUCUUUUUAAAAUUGUGAAACUUUAAUAGUUAUUCCCUUUUUACUUUGUUUAUUUUUGUUGCUCUUUUUAUUAUUAUUUUAAAGCACACCGUGGCAUUAUUUUAAAUUAUGGGCAGAACUAAAGACUAUAAUAAAUAAGGCAGCUGCUUUGGUUAAAUAUGUGUUUUUAAAAAAUAACUUAAAAGCCAUUUACAUUAGCUGGAUCUUGUUUUCUACUGACCUGGAACUAAAUCUUUAUUAUUAUACACCUACAGUGCUUUUAUGAGUGUUGUCAUCUGUUUUUCCCUAAGACCCACUCGUAAACCUUUAGGAAAGAGGUCCUAAUUCAGAUUUAUGAUCAUUGUUCACGUAUCACUUUUAUAUGUCUUUAUACACUAACAUUAAUUAUACCAGUUGAUUUUGUGUAUGUAUACUUUACACUAAUGUGAGGACCCAUUUAUUAAAUCAGAGAGAACCGUGGCCUUGUUUUUAAUUAUGAAGAGCAAUAUUAAAGUUUACCAUUAUGUUUUGCAUGUUAAUGUAUGAAAUUUUGGUUAAAGUGCACUUUACAUUUUAAUAAAUUUUUAAAAUCAAUCCUUUUAAUUAUACAAUUAGAUGUUUCAUAUAGAAGGUGUAUUGCAUCUAUGAUUUCUAAGUUGUAUUCUUGUAUAUAAAAAGUAAGCUUUGUACAAUAUGUGCAUGAUGUCAGAGACGCCACUAUAUAAAAAGUCCUCUGAAAACUUAAAAAAACCAAGCCCUAGUCAAGUGCUGCUUUUUCAUAUUAUCUUCAGACUGCUGCAGACAUUUGUUCAGCGAUGAAGUAGGGCAUCCAUCCAAGUUAAACAAAAUCAUCUGUUUGAAGUGGGUAAUCAUGUUACCUUAUAGAUGUUUUUAUAUUUCUGCCCACUUAUUGAAUUUCAUUAAGUAAUUUAAGAAGAGUUAAGAGCCAUGAAAUGGUAAGUCUAGCUAUCUCACAGCUUGAGAAACCUGGGUUCAAUUCCAACCUAAUUUCUGUCUGUGAGAAAGUUUAACAUUUUCUUUUAUCUAAGAGGGUUUUUUCACCACUCUUAACUCUUGCUUCACCUCCACCCAAACAAUGUUAAUUUGCUACUCUAAAUCAGCCUUUUGGAGUAAUUCUGUAAUUGCUCAUUUACAGUAUAUGUCCUAAAGUGAAUUAGCCAUCUGUGUUUGUUAAUUUGAUUCAUUCUACAAGGAUCAGCUUUGUCCCCACAAAACUAUAUAGUGGGAAAAACAGUUUAAGAAUUAUUAUCAAUAGAUGGACAACAGUUAUCUAAGGAACUUACUUUAUCAGUAUAAUUGAAUAAUCUGACCCUUUGUAUCAUUCAGAAUUCAGCCGUAUUCAACCUAUCUUAUGUGUUUAAUGUUUUCAAAAAUUCUGAAGCAGCUUUUGUAAAUCUGCAGAUGGACAGACUUUUUUUUUAACAUUAUGUUAUAAUUUGUUUUAAUUCCAAACAAAUGUGGCUCAUGCAUAAUCCAUAUUUAGAUGUGUUUCAUAUCUUUGUCCUUAAAAAGAAAAAAAAGCAGACUAUUGAUAGAUGCUAUCAGUCACUUCUUCAGCCAGAUGAUGUUUUCCCCACCAUACUCUUUGCAUAGUCAGUGAACAAACUGCAAAAAGUUAAAACUGAGUUCUAUGGAUUUGUCAGUUAAUAUCUGUUUAAAUUAAGAUCUUGUCAUUCUUAAAUGUUAUUUUAUUUCUUUGACUUUAAAUCUAAAAAUGUACACAAUUUGGUUUAAAGUGUUCUCUAAAGGUUUACCAUAUUGGGUCGUAGGGAAUAACAGCCAAUGGUAUUUUAAAAUAUAUUUAAAUACAACUUUUAGCAGGCUUUUUUUUUUUUUUUUCUUUUUUUGGUGCAUUCCUUGGAACUUUGCAAGAGUGCUGAUAGAAAUAAUAGGAAAUAAAUAAAUUCAAAGUACUCAUUUAUGAAAGUUUACUUAUUACUAAGAAUUUACUAUUGGUGAAUGUUUGGCAAGGGAAAUAGUUCUGUAUGACUAAGAAGACAAAACCUCAAUACAGUAUGUCGUCAAACAAAACUAAGUUUAAUAUCUAUAACGGACAAACUGACAAAAUUAAUUAUCAAAACUGUUUAUGAAUUUGCACAAUUGUUAAACCUGUGUGUAUUAAAGAAAUACCUGUAACUAGGUAAAUAAUACCUCACAGGUAUAUUAGUCAUGUGAUUAAGGCAAACUGAACUCCGUUGCAUCCAAUAGGCCGCAGUUUUGACACAUCGAUAUCUGAGUAGAAAAAUAUAUACUUGGUGUUUUAUUUUUUUUUUUUUAUAAUUGUCCAAACGUUUAGGCUUUCAAAGGUUAAUAUUAAACCAUAAAUUAAGCUAUAUACUCCACAGUAAAUAUGGUGCUUCAAGAGUAUUUGGAUUUGUAAAAUGUACUGUGGAACUAUUUUUUUUAAUGAAUUCAUUUAUUAAUGUUUACCUGAUCUAUCAACCUUUCAGCAUAUAACAGUUGAUUUUUGGUGAAAAAAAGACUUUAAAAGGAUACCAUUUUAGCGGCCUAUUUAAGGCACUAAACAUUCACUCAUUGUUUCACCUACUGGAUUUCUUGUUACAUUAAACGGCACAAAUAUGACUUUGCACUGAAAAAGCCCUUUCAUCACCUCUGCCUCCGUCAAACUGGCAACAGAUAAAUGUAAAUGAAACAUCAUUAAAGAAAAGUGAAAAAAGUCUUAACUGCAAAGUGGACCAAGUUGCAUAAGGGAUGAUGGGUAAAAAUACUAGACAAGAUCAUUUAUUGACUGAUGAAAAAAAAAAAAAAACUUUCCACUUGAGAAGUUUAUUGUAUUUGUUGUGUAUUUUUUGUUUUUAAUUUUUUUUGUUUUUUGUUUUCUUGCAUUUCAUUUUCUUUUUGUUGUUAUUGAAAAGAAAAUAGUAUUUACAGGUUGCUUCUUAAAGAAAAAAGUAUAAAGCAGAAAUGUAAAUGAAAUGUCAAAUUCUAUUGUAUUUGCAAAGUAAUAGCAUUGAAAAUUCAAGAGGGCUAUUUGUAGUUACAAAAAUAUGCAUAUAGCAUCAUUUAGAAUUUUCUUCUAUUUUUGGAUGUUCCUUAGUGCUUUAUAUAAAAAAAAAUUAGACUAUAAAAAUGGCAGGACUUUACAGUGUUUAUAUGCAAAUGCAUUUUUAUAUAAAAUAUGUCCUGUAAGUGUAUUAUAGUAUAUGCAGCAAGGGAUGCCUUUAGCCAAAGCUGUAUGCUUGGCUUUCUCUGGGCUCCUAUACUGAUGCCUUCUCUGCUAGAUAUUUUAUUUAGUUUUGCUUUGUAUCAUGAGGCCAAGAUUUUCAUGUUGUUGUAAAUAGAGUAAAACGAAAUGAAAGGCAAUAAAAGUUUUAUUGAACAAAACA